AUGGGGAAGAUCACCUUCUACGAGGACCGGGGCUUCCAGGGCCGCUGCUACGAGUGCAGCAGCGACUGCCCCAACCUGCAGCCCUACUUCAGCCGCUGCAACUCAGUGCGCGUGGACAGCGGCUGCUGGAUGCUCUACGAGCGCCCCAACUACCAGGGCCACCAGUACUUCCUGCGGCGCGGCGACUACCCCGACUACCAGCAGUGGAUGGGCCUCAACGACUCCGUCCGCUCCUGCCGCCUCAUCCCCCCACACACCGGCACUUACAGAAUGAGAAUCUAUGAGAGAGAUGACUUCAGAGGACAAAUGUCAGAGAUCACAGACGAUUGUCUCUCUCUUCAGGACCGCUUCCACCUCACUGAGAUCCACUCCCUCAACGUGCUGGAGGGCUCCUGGGUCCUUUACGAGCUGCCCAACUACAGGGGAAGGCAGUACCUCCUGAGGCCGGGGGAGUACAGGAGAUAUCUUGACUGGGGGGCGAUGAAUGCCAAAGCUGGUUCUCUAAGACGGGUGACAGAUUUUUACUGA